UUGCGCGGCUCCGCCUCUUCCUUUCCCCGAGCUGCGAGUCGGAGAAGAUGGGUCACCAGCAGCUGUACUGGAGCCACCCCAGGAAGUUCGGCCAGGGAUCCCGCUCCUGCCGUGUGUGCUCUAAUAGGCAUGGACUGAUCCGCAAGUAUGGGCUGAACAUGUGCCGGCAAUGCUUUAGGCAGUAUGCCAAGGACAUCGGCUUUGUUAAGCUGGAUUAAUUGGCUGUUUGUACAAGAUCUAUGACCAGAAUCGCACCAGACGUUCCACCUGCAUCAACACCCACAGGAGACUUCAGAGGAAACCCUGAUUUGUACAUAAACAAAUAAAAUUGGUGCAGUCUUCACAA